GGCGGCGAGGCGGGGCCUGGUGGGCGGGGCCUGCAGACCGCCUCCCGGCCCAGCACAGACCGACGUCUGUCCCGAAGGCUUCGGCCUCGUGGCCGGGGCGUCUUCUUGGACCUCUCGCAACCGCGGCCCCCCGAGACCGGAUUCUCCCACUUCCCCUUUUCAGAACGAAGCGGGGAAUCCUUUUUCAGCUCUCACCGGAGCUGAUGUCUGUCCUUAAUAAUUACACCCCCUUCCUCCCAGCUUGGUAAUAGUAUUCAGGAUAACUGUUCCCUAGAAUUUUCGAACGCACAUUACUUUGCCUGCAUAAGCGCCAGUGCCGUAGAGAUGGGCAUGACCAGAGGUCGGGACUCCAUUCGGGAUGGUCAGAGGGCAAGAAAGCUGCAAGGUUGACUUUUAUCCUAAACCAUUUGUAACUAUGGACUUGCCAGAUGAGAGCCAGUGGGAUGAAACCACUUGCAACUUGGCUGCUUGUCAGCACCCGCAAUGCUGGGCUACCAUCCGCCGCAUUGAGAGGGGCCACCCUCGAAUCCUGGGCUCAUCCUACAAAACUUCUCUGGACGUUAACGACAAACUCCCCGUGCUCACCAUUGUAAACCUCUCAGAUUCCUGCUUCCAGGCCAGGAGGCGUCCUCAUGGUCAUUUACCAGGACUUACCUUCACUAAGCCUCACUCUUUAUUGUCUCAGCGUUCAAAGUUUGACUCCAAAUUUCAAGGCAGGCCUUGCAAGGAUUUACCUGACAAAGAUUUGAUCAACUAUACUAAUAGAUCUCCCAAAGGAAGUCACAUAUUGAAAAAGCUUGCAGUGCUAAAUUUGAAUGAGACAUACAUUCCUCGCCCUCAAGGUGUUAGCAAUAUGGUUGUAGUCUGGAUCCCAAAAGAACCAGGGGCGUCUGUGAGCUUUCUGGGUCAUCAUCCCAUCAUCCUCAUCCAUGGCUUCCAUCUUCUAACAGUCUGCAUGGGGGGUUUUAAGGUCUACGUGACUGCUAGGGAUCCAGUUAUCAUCUCCAUGUUUCAGUUGUCCGUGGUUCUCUCAGGAAAGCAGGACAGAGAAACAAAGCUGAGCUCUCCAGGGAUAACUGUGCCUCCCCCGACCCCAGUACGCUUUUUUGAGCAACUAAGUCCAGAAUUCCCACCUUUCUUGAACCAGUCUGACGCAUUGCCUCAGGAUCUCCUGAGCGAUCUUUUGUUAGAUGAAGGGGAAAGGUCGCCUUGUCUGGAGACGAAGACACAAUUGGCCACGAGGAAAAAGAACCCUCUGAAAAAGAGCCGGCCCGAGAGCGCCAUUUCUGCCCAGAUGUUUUUAUCUGUGCACCGCCUCACCCUGCAAAGACCAUCAUUGAAAUAUCCUGCACAUUUGAAGAAAUUAUAUUAUAACCUGAACAUAGAAGAUAGGCUUUCUAGUGCUGCCAGAUCUCCAGGUCUUCAGAAGCAGCAGCAGAGGCAGCAGCAGAGGCAGCAGCAGAGGAAGUUGAAGACACCUACGAAGAAACUGAAGAAACCGGAGGCUAAAAAGAAAUCCAAGAAAGAUUCGAGGAGCCAGAGCACUUCGCAUAAAUCUUUAGGUCACAGAACUCUACCGGGCGGGGAAAGUGACAACAGUCAGCAGCCGAAGAUGGAGAAGAAUGGGCCCAUCUUGAAACAGGAUUCCACAGAGAGACCACAGAUGGGCAAUGCUGAGAACGACCUGGAUUCCUUCUCCAGUAAGCAGAAUCCUGAGUUAUCCAAGACAGAAUCCACUAACAAGGAGUUCGGUCCUCAGAUGGAGGAAAUGCCAGUAGUCCAAGAGGAGUCCUCCAAGGACCUUUCAUCCAGUAUAUCUAGAGCAAGUUUGAAUCCUGAGCUCCAAAUAAUGAGGAUUUUUCAGACUGCUGAUUAUGAGGCUGAGGAGAACCAACUCUCUGGGUUGCAGAAUAAAGUGUCUCCGGAGACAUAGGUGGAAGGCGUCACUGGGGCAGCCCUAUUCCAUAGCAGGAUGCUUAGAGAUCUUAGAACUGUGACCUUGGACACAGGGCUGAAAGGAGUGGGGACUUCUCCCUGGGGCCUUUACCAGGGCCUGGGCCUUUACCUUUACUUGCCUCUAAGAUAAGUGAGGAAGAAAGAGCGUCACUCCUUUUAAACUUGGAUUGUUUCUCUUCCAUUAGGACCAGAAUAAUUUCAUAAUUAAACAUAGUUGCUGCUUAA